GAAAUAUGUUGUGAAAUGUGGUGAGGCAAUUGCCGGGGAGCAGUAAGUCACAGAGCAUUCAUACAAACGAGGUGGCUGGGACAUUCCAACCACAUGGAUUCGGCAGGACCAAGGUCCUACACACCCAAGACGUAUGGAGCCUGAGAAAGGAAAUGUAGUGAAGUCUCGUCCGGCAGGUAACUGCGUGUCUGUCUGCACUGGUACCAAUUAUCUGAAUUACCAGAAAGGGUUCCGAUAUAUCUAUGAGUACACAACUGUUGCUAAUACAUUCCUGCAAGGAAAUUCCCAUGAGAACAGUGGACUUACAGUAGAAUGUUUGGUGAAUAUUGAUGUAAUUGACAAGUGUCACCUCAUCUUAACGCUCAAGCAAACCCAGAUUAAAGGAUCAAUGUCAAACAAGGAAGAGUUUGUUCCACAUCACGAGAAGCUCAGUGCUGCCCUUGAGAAACAUCCACUUCAUUUUUCUUUCCAAGAUGGAAUAAUUCCUGAGAUCUGUCCUGCAGAAGGCGAAGAAACCUGGUCAUUGAACAUUAAACGAGGAAUCCUCAGUGUCUUCCAAGAUUCGUACACAGUGAAUAAAAAGGAAACGGUCGAGGAGGUCGAUAUUUCGGGCCAGUGUCCAUCUUCAUACACAGUUCAAGGUUCUCUUCUUGUGAAAUCUAAAGACCUGAACCUCUGUUCCCAACGUGGAACGGCUGUCACUUCACUGCAGUCAGUUGUUCUACCAGAUUCUACAUCUCACCAGCAGAUCCUGGAUUCCCAGCUGGAAUGUGUGCAGAGCUACAAAGAUGGCGUCGUACACGUAACCACCUGUAGUGAGUCAAAUGUCUUUCGAUUUUUCUCCAAAGAAGGGAAGGGUGCAAAGACAGAGGUCUUCACAACAUUGAAACUUUUGAAGAAAGAAGAAGUAACAUCCAUGUUCAGAGUGGACCUGAAGACAUUCCAGCACAAAACUUUGAUAUUUGAAAGAGAAAGUGAGCGAGGGAAAACUGUGGAAUAUACAAGUGCAGAAAGAGUGGCGGAGGCUGUGAGACAGCUCUGCUUGGUCAAAGGCAUGACCUUGGAGUCUGCAGAUCUUUUCAUGAUGGUGGUGUUUGACCUCCGGAGACUUUCCAUAGGUGACCUUCGAGACUUGUGGCAGCAAGCAUCAUUCAAAUGCAGAGACAACUGGCAGCCUCUGGUGGAUACUUUACCAUCCUGUGGAACAGAGGCAUGUAUCAAUUUCCUGACAGAAAUCAUUCUGUCUAAAGAGCUGGAUAAAGAUAGAACAGACACCUUUCUGUGGUCCUUGGCUUUCAUUCCAGAACCUACAUCGUCUAUGGUCGCCACAAUUACUGUGAGAAGUUUCAUUCUGCUUAAUCCAGUUGUAAUUUAUACUGCUAAUAUGGUUUAA